GUUUUUUCUUUGAUGCCAACUUCAAAAGUCGCUUUGUCUUCAGUUUAUAAAUUAGAUUUCACAAUAAAGGACUACCAAAAUGCCGUUUUACAUUUUAUGCCUAUUAUCUCUCUGGACCAGUUUAACUCAAACGCAAUCAACGCCAAACUUACAAGAUUAUUGGAGCAAAAUCUUCUCAACAACAACAAGACCGUUGCAAUCACAACCCGAUCGUGGAAGUCUGAAAGUUUGUGGUUUAAAUAAGGAAUGUGUACAACGCUUUUUAUGUGAGCAAAAUGGCGAGGUCAAUAGAUAUGGGAAGGCUUUAAUCAAUAUACGCUUUGGAGCUGACAUUGCCGAAGAAGAUUCUUGUACAUAUUUGGAGACCUGCUGUGAUGUAAACGUAAAGUUAACGGUACCGAACGUGCGCAUCAAGCCCGUAAAAGAAGGUUGUGGCUAUCGUAAUUUGAACGGUAUCGGUUUCCAAAUUACCGGCGGAGUUGAAGGUGAAUCGGAAUUCGGUGAAUUUCCUUGGAUGGUCGCCAUUUUCCGAGAGGAAAUGAUUGGUGGAGUACUUAUGAACGUUUAUGAAUGUGGUGGCUCUGUGCUCGCACCCAAUGUCGUCUUGACUACCGCACAUUGUGUGAUUAAAGCGCAGAUACUUGUGUAUAGGUUAAUAGCACGUGCAGGUGAAUGGGACAUGCAGAGUACACAGGAAGUGUUGCCACAUCAAGAUGCACUCGUCAAGGAGGUUAUUAUACAUGAGCAAUACGAUAGUUCUGUACUCUUCAAUGAUGUCGCGCUGUUGAUAUUGGAGACACCAUUCAAAUGGGAAGCAAAUGUACGUCCCAUCUGUUUGCCUGAUGCUGAUGUAAAUUUCGAUUAUUCACGUUGCUUUGCCACCGGUUGGGGUAGGGACAAAUUUGGCAUUAAUGGCACUCAUCAGUUGAUUUUGAAGAAGAUGGAAUUACCCGUUAUACCAUCGGACACUUGCCAAGCUAAUCUGCGUAGCACACGUUUGGGUAGACAUUUCCGAUUGCAUUCGAGUUUUAUGUGCGCUGGCGGGGAAAAGGAUAAAGACGCGUGCACAGGUGAUGGCGGUUCUCCACUGGUUUGUCCAGAUCCUCGAAAUAGCGAACGCUACUAUCAAGCGGGCAUUGUGGCGUGGGGUAUUGGUUGUGGCACAGAAAAUGUUCCAGGAGUCUAUGCCAAUGUGGCAUAUUUGCGCAAUUGGAUUAAUGAUCAACUUAAUGCUCGAUUAAUCGAUUUCAGACAUUUUACAGCGCAACUUUUUUAGUCCAAGUUUUGUGAUUUCAAAAUUACGUUGAAUAAAAGUUCACUAACGAGUA